AUGGUUUCAGCUGCUGAUAAUCCAAAUUUCCUGUUUCUGGAAGGGUUCAUCAAAUGGGCACAGGAAGUUUACCAGAAUAGUUGUGGGUUAAGAAUAAGUAAAAGACAUACCACUGUUGGUAAAUCUGGUUCUUAUGUCACGUUAACUAAUAUUGGUAAAAAGAAAACUGAUGAUCCAGUAACGGUUUUCAUGAGAAUUAAAAAAAUUGGUAUUCAAAUGGUAAGCUUUGAGAUAUAUGAUACAAUAGUGAAGAAAUAUAUUUAUUUUGAAACUGAUGAUGUUAAUUUUAAUUUUGAUCAUAGAUUUAUUGAUGAAAAAACUGUUGAGGAUGUUAGUAAUUAUCAAGAAUCUCCUUAUGAUCAUGAUUUCAUUCCUGAUGAUAUUGCUCAAAGUGGUGCUUCAUCAGCUUCUUCUCCGUUGACUGGAAGCGCCAGAUCUUCUCCAUUACCUACCCGUUCUGCAUCUCCUUCAAUGAAUGGUGAUCGUGCUUCAAGUUCAAGUAAUUCAAGUAAUGGUUCAACAAAACUUGUACAAAAGGAAAUAAUAAGUGUCGAAGAGGAAUCUGAAAAUGAAUUAUUGAAAAGAGAAUUAGAGAAAACAACAUGUGAAAUAUUAAUCUUGAAUAUUGAAAAAGAAGCUUUAAUGAGGAAAUUAUUACAUCCAGAACAAGAACAAGAUAAACAAAAUUUCAAUAUCAUGAACUUCAAAGUCUUGAAACCUCUUUCAGUUACUUCAGGUGGAUUAAGAUUGUUUGCAGUGGAACAUGUCUAUAAAAGAACAAAUCAUACUUUAAAAGAAGUUAUAUUUGAUAGAUUCAGUCCUCAGGAUUAUAAAUUAAAUUUUAAAACUGAAUUAGAUACUUUGAACCAAUUAUCCACUAUAGAGGAGAAAAGUCCCAAUUUAUUAUAUCUAGUGGAAAGAAAUCAAGAUUUAACUCCUGUUAGACAAUCUCAUUAUUUCCUUUAUGAACCUGCAGUUAUGGGACUUGAAGAAUUUUCAUUUAAUUUCAUUAAAAAAAACAAAAAUUCCAUUCCUAUAGUUAUAAGUCAAAUUUUAAAAGGUGUAAGUUUCCUUAAUACUAAAGCUUUCAGAGUUCAUGGGAAUAUAAAUAUCCAUUCAAUUGUAUUAGAUUCAAAUUGGAAUGUAAAAUUAACAAAUUUCCAAUAUUCAUUACCAAUAUCAUCAACAAUAGAUCCAAGAAGAAUCCUAACGGGGAAAUUAGAUUAUUUAUCAAAACAUCCAUCAAUUUUUGAAAAUUUAGAACGUCAACAAAUGUUAAUCAUAAAUCAAUCAAUUGAUAGAUGGGCUUUGGGUUGUCUUUUUUAUAAAUUGCUUUAUGAAGGUGAAUUAUUUUUAAAUUCAACAAAUUAUAGAUCUCAUCCAGCUUUAAUCUCUACAUUAACAACAUUACCACAUGGUAGAAUCUUAUUUGCAUUCUUCGAUGAUUAUAAUAGAAUUGUUACAGCUGAUCAAAUGUUGGCAAGUGAAUUUUUUUCAAGAUAUAAAGAUAUUAAUUUAAGAUCUUUAUUUGAUGGAUCACAUCCUUUACAAUCAAGUGUUGUACCACAACAACCACAACCACAGCAGCAACAACAAGAUGGAUCUAAUGGUACUGCACAAGGUACACCAAAUGGGACUCCACCAGUACAAGCUCAACAAAUUCCUCAAGGUCCAGCUCAAGUUCCUUAUCCUCAAAAUUCAACUCAAAUACCACAACAAGUCCCAAAUCAGUAA